GUUGGUGCUAGUGCGUUCGUCUGGGUCGCAGGACCGCCAAAGCCCUCACCUCCAAAGCCCCCCACGCCCCUUCACGCCCACUUGAAGUCAGACAACGACAAACGUCCACUCCUUUGGUUCUAGUUCUUUUGCUGCUGCUUGUUAGUGUUAAAAGCACGCAGUGUCACGGGGCAUGAGUGCGCCAAAGCCAAAAGAAUUACCACUGCUGCAGACACAACUGCCCCACAUACACACACAAACAGCCAGAGAGGUGGAAAUGGAAAUGUCUGAGGAGAAAGCGAAAAAAAAAAAACAAGAAAUGUCAUUUGAAUAGUUAAGGAGCAGCCAGGAACAUAUAGAAGUAUUUCGUGGGCCUCUGCCCGUGUGUGUGUGUCUGUGCACGGAUUUAUGCAGCACUAGUUACAUAAGCCAUCAUCAUCAUCGGCAGCAGCAGCAGCAGCAGCUUCAGCAUCUGAAGACAGCCAAAGGCAUCGUUAGCAUCAGCCAGCUGCCAUAAGUAUGCUAUGAAUUUCGCUUUGCACUCAAAUACUUGACUUGAGAGAAAAGGGAAUCGGGGGAUAAUGCCGCCGAUACAGCAACAGCGAUGAAAAUCGCAUUAGCAUUAGGAUGUGAUAACAGCUGCUACUCGACCAUCAGCUGGCAUCGACAACAGCAGUGGGUUUCUCCCACAAUUACCAAGGCAACAAUUGUUGUUCAAACUUUGGAUAACGCAUACGCACUGUUGCACUUGAGUUGUGCCCAAGUCGAGGCAUAAUGAUUGUUAUUGGGUGCCAAUGGUUUUCCAAGAACUUAGCUGGCAAUGCCCAAUGAGGCAUUAAAAGUCACUUGGUUGGCCGUUCGUUUUAUUGGGUAAUGUAGACAAAGAAAUGCAAAUAAAAUCUAGACUAAAAAACAAAAAAAAUGGUUAUUUGCAUUUGGUCAAUCUUAGCAAAAGCUUUGAAAAUUAAACAAAAAAUUGGUUUAUAACGAUGACAAGUAUUUGACCGGUUUUUAAAGCUAGUUUUCAAGUCAUUUAACAAUUGCAGUUCCUAAUUUUAGUCCAACUUAAAUAUGCUUAGAACAUUAAUCAAGAUAAGAUUAUUUAAUAUAUCCAUAUACAAAUGUAAUAUUAUAAAAUAAUUUGGAUAAAAACAGCCAAAAAGUGAAUAGCUUCUUGAAUUUUUAAGUAAUAAAAUUAAACUUCAUAAUUAAAAAACAUAAUUAAAAAUUAAAUUACUUAGAUUUCACAUUGUUCAAAUUUCAGUACACUUUUUCGUUGUGUCAUAGUCUAAGACAAAAUUAUCUUUACUUGCAAAAUAUAAGAAAGGAUCGAAACCAACUUCAUAAAUUAAGCUAAGAACAAUAAUGUUAUCUUGUUUUAAAAUAUCAACAAAGUGUACGGUUAAAAAAACAAUAGGAUUAAUAUAUGAAUAUUCUUGACAUAUUUUAAGCUUUUUAUGGUUAACAAUGAUUACAAAGAGAACAAUACCUUAAAUUCGUUGAUAAAAAGAUUCGUUACCAAAAGAUUAAAGAAGAGUACAAUUAUUUAAGUUGAUUCAGAACUUCAACUAAUGCAAGUUUUAUCCAAUAUCGUAUAAUUAUUUUUGGAAUACGUGAGUAUUGCAGAAACACAUUUCCUAGUCAAUAAAAGGUAUUUAAAGUUUCUUAAUACACGUGCAACCGAUAUCUUCUUAUCUAAACUUGCUUCUAUCUAAUAUGCUCCCUUAUUUACGACACCUUUUAAAAUUAUCACCAAAUUGGCUACAAUGCAUUCACAUAAUGCCGUUGCAGCCAAUUGGCGAAGGCGGCAAGUGAGACUAAUAGUUUCAGCAGCACCAUUUGAAGCCGGAAGCUGCAGGGUUUUUGCGUUUUAACCGCAAUCAGUAGGAAGCUCAUUAAAGCCAAAAGCAACAACGGCAAUACUGAAAAUAAGCUGAAAGUUUUCCACCAGAAGGAGAAGCAGCUUCGAGAGGAAAGUGGUAGGAAAUGCUGAAGCAAAUGAGCGUAGUCUAGCACAGCGUGUGGGCGUUUGUGUGUGCGUGCUGGGGCGUGGCAAAUUGGGGCAUCAGAAACAUGAUAAGGUCUCAAAAUGUUACCACAAAAAUCCAUUGGGAAGUACAGAACAUUUUCAUUCUGUCCGGGGUGUUGGAAAUUAAACCGCAAUUAAAUUUGCAUUAGGCAAUAAAAACAAAGCGGAGUGGCCACUUGUUGUUGUACUUAUUGUUGUCUCUGCAGCUAAUUACAAGAAUUUUGCGCAGCCGAGUCGAGCGGGAUUAAAAAACAAUAGAAAUGCCAGGACUUUAAAUGCCUUUUCAAAAGUGCCACAAACACAUGUACAUAAAAUAAUAAUACGAGCAACUUUUAAGAAUAGAACACAAUUAAAAGUUAUUAUGUCGCUGCCAACAUGAGUAAAAAAGUCAGCAAAUGAAAAUAAGCUGCAGCAACACAAAGCCGAAAAUAAACAGCAAAAAAAACGUUUUCAUCAACUAAAAGUUAAGAGCGGGAAAACAUAAUAAGAAAAUCAUAAUGAUGAUGGAUUAACUGUUCCCAGUUGUUGUUGAUGUUGUGAGAGUGAGAAAGCGAGAGUGUGGGAGGAGCAGCGGAAGUCGCAGCAGCAGCAGCAGCAACAUCAACACAGCAGCAACAUCAGCCCAGCAGCAACACUGCAACAGCAGCAGUUACAGCAACAAACGCAAAGUCAGCACAUAUUAAGGAAACAUUAAGCAAUAACAUAAAACUGCAGCCAAUUUGAUUGCUACUCUGGCCUCGAUCAUUUCGAAGCUAGCUGCUUAGCUUCGGCGUUGCUUCGUCUUAAGACUUUUACUUCUAUCCAAACGAGUACCGCAAAAUCAGUCAAGCUGGCGUCGUUCAAGCAGAAAAAUAACAAUAAUACUAUAAGCAAUUAUAAUAAUAAUAUAAUGUGGAGUAGUACUAUAUCGCCAACCAACUCUAAGAAACUAUUGAUCGGUAGCACACGAAGCGUUGAUUAUGUCGGUGAUAGUGCAAGGACAACAGCAGGCAACAACAAAUCAGGAGCAGCAGCAGGAGCCAAAGGAUCAAAAGCCAAAGCCACCGCCAUUGCAGCCACAGCCACAGUCGCAGCAGCAGCGAACACAACAAAGAUCUCAAUUGAAAUGGAGCUUCAUAUACAGAAUAAGUGCAUUUCGGCAUAGCGCAUCACUCUGGAGGGUGGUGCGGAGCCGCCAUGGCUGCAGGGCCCCCUUAAAGCCGCAUUUUUGGGGGCUACUGGCGUCGGCAAAACAAGCAUAUUACAGCAAUUUUUCUACCACGACUUUCCCAGUGCUCAUCAGACGACAACACAUCGCAAGAUUUAUAAAAACUGUCUGGUCUGCGACACCUGGAUACGUGAGCUGAUGGUACUGGACGUUCCGCCCCAGAAGCGAUUUCCGGCUGACAACUUCGCUGAAUGGAACAACGGACAUCCGCUGGGGCUGCGAACGGUGCACGCCUAUGUCUUGGUCUACGACAUGGGCAAUUUGGAAACAUUUCAGUACUGCCGCUCGAUGAGAGAUCAAAUCUUGGACAGUUUCAGUCAUCGUGAUUUUAGCAUAAUUGUGGUCGGCAAUAAAUUUGACAAUGUGACUGAGGCGCAGGCCAACUCGCAGGAGCUCAAGGAUAUUUCCACGCUGGUGCGCAAACAUUGGCGCUGCGGCUAUGUCGAGUGCUCGGCGCAAUACAACUACAAAAUCGGCGACGUGUUCCGCGAGCUGAUGGGAUGCACCAGCACGGGAGGAGGCGGCGGUGCCGGCGGAGGCGUGGCCGGGGUCGGUGGCCUGGUUGGCACUGAGUACUCACAAUCAACUAGGAAUAAAGGACGCUGUACAAUACUUUAGCAAAUGUUGCAUAAGUUUUUUAAGCAAACGCUCUGAUCUGGCGCAUUACAACCGAGUGAAUUCGUUACGAGCAGCACAUGCUUCCACUGGGGCAAGGUGGCGUAUACGCAAUCUCCAAGGAGGACACACAAAGAUGACAUUGUUGCCCCUUGCUGAUGCAACGCUGGCUGCUGCAUAUUUUAACAUAUAUUUUUUUAGUGGACACACUCCGCAUUCCCGAAUCCCCACCACCUCAGCUCCUUUUGUUUGCCGUUAUUAUAGCAUUUUUCUGGCUGCUUUUAUGGGCGCUUUUUGCUGUGCUCAUUUGAAUGGCAAUGGGACCGGCUGACUGGCUGACUGCCGGACGGAGGAUACAUUUGGCCAGCAGCAUCGACGUCUGGGUGCGACUCCGGAUUCUUGCUGACAGCUUUUGUGCGUCGCAUUUGCAAUUCAAUGCCAGCGAGCUGGCAGGAAUUGCAGUUGCCAUGAAUAUGCAGCGAUAUCCGCAAAGUGCAGCAACAAAUGUCGGCGAAAAGUUUGAUUUCUUUAUGGUUAUUAUUAUCGUUGUGGCUAUUAUUUCAGUCGUGGAACGUAAAUAGGCAAUUAAUCCCACCAUAAUUUACAAUACAUUUUAUGUACGAACGAAUAACCUUGUUAUCGAAACAAACCAAAGUCGUAUAAGUACUCGCAUAAGUAUUAGUAGUUAACCUUAGCUAUACACAUAUAUUUAAACAUACUUUAACGUUGUGAUCAUUUCAAGAAUUAGUUCUUAAGGCCACAAACAAAACGUCAGUUAAUGUCAAGUAAAGUCAAGUCUCCGAAACUGAAUUACAAGAAAUUCUUAAUAUUAGGACAAGGUACGAUUAAGAGCAGUUUAAUAAAUAGCCUUAAGUAUUUGGGAAAACGACCGAAGGCGGUAAAAUCAAAGAGUUACAAUCAUGCCACCAAACUCCUCAUAAUUAUCUGUUGCACAUCCGUGAAAAUGUACGUCCUCCAAAAAUGUAAUUGUAAUUAAAUACAAUUCGAGGCUCUCCAUAUGGCACUCAAUAAUCGCAUCAUUCCAAAAGGAUUCCAACAUCUUCAUGAUUUUGUUAAUUUAAAUUUUGAAAAAUAAAAAUCACUUUUGUCGUGAGGGAGCCGUGAUCAAGAAGCCUUAAGAACCCAGAAGCAAAUAUUUCAUAGUAAACCUUAGACUAAAUUAAGAUUACAACUUGAUUGAAGCGCACAAAAAACGACGAUUGUGUUAUUAUGGCAUACUCGAAAUUAUUAGAUCAUAGGUUAAAGGUCAUAGCAACGUUUGUGCAUCGUAUUGUAGUGAUGACAAACUGAUCAUCUAGUUAGGUAGUGUGUCACUAUACUGCUAUAUCUGCUGGACAUUGCCAACUUAAUUAUAUUCAGUGCUGAUCCACGUAACACAUACAUACCAUGCCGAUCUCUUUCUUUACCUCAACAACAAAAACAACUCAAACUACUCAAAAGAAAAGCAAUCAAGGCUGACUUUGUACAUAGAGAUUUCAAAGGAAGAACUUUGCGAAAAGCUAUGGAAACCGACUUUUACAGCAAUAUAAGUAAGCUCUAACUGAUAUUCAAGGUAGAUAACUGGGCGCACUGCCAAAAAUUGGUUCCACUCCCAGUUGAGUGUUCGGCUAAGAUUAUAUGAAUAGUUAAGGUAACGCAUAAUGAAUACGAAACAAUUUUUUGAAAUUAUUUCAAGGAUAACCAAUGCAAAAUCGAUAAUAAUGCAAAAGCAAAUAAACCAUUAUUGUUAUAAUUAAAAUUAUUAAAUAAAUAUUUGCCGGCUUUGAUAAAGGACAUAUACCAUAAAAAGAUAAAUAACAAUUAAAUAGCAGCUUAAAUUGCUUACUUGUUAAACUGAUUCAAACCGGAAAUUUUCCAGCAUUCGCAUCUGUCACCGAACUGAUCCCAACUUGAGAAAUGUGUUCAUAACAUGUCACUUUCCAAACUGAAAUAACCCAUUAUACACUUGCAAUAAACUCUUGGCAAGUAAGCAACAGAAAAGCCCUAAAAUCGACAUAUUUAUAUGGAACAUACAUACCUAUACACAUAUAUAAAUGUAACGAUAAUUGUACGAGUUUGGUUCAAGUUAUUGUCUUUGAUUUCCAACAUUUAAGGAUUCGUCAAAAUGGCUGUUAAUUUUUGGAAAAUAAAAAUGCUAACGCAAAACAGUUGAAGGGUAUUAAACAACAGAUAAAUAAACGCAACAAAGACAAUUGUUGAAUUAUUUAUAUUUAAGCAACGCGUUGCCUGCGACAGUUAAAACAAGAGGAGAAAUUAGGUGUAGCAACUUAACAAUUAAAGUCUACAAAUUAAAAUAUGUAUUACCGAAUCAAAUGCUUCAGCCGCUUGUUGUUUGUUCAAACCAUUCAAACGUAAUUAAUUUUAAGUGAA